AUGUCCCGCGCGCAAUUCAGCAGACCUACAGCAUGGGUUGGCACACUACCGAAGAAGUUCCCGUACUUGUAUAACUGGAGGCUACGCUACGAUGUCCCUCAGUCCGCCCUCGUCGACCGCACGAAGAAGGCUAUGGCGAGAUCACUCGGCUUGAUCGUGUUAGGUCUACGACUACUUGCUUCUCCUGUGAUGGGUCAGGGCGUAGCCUACUCUCAAUGCGGUGGUAUAGGCUGGACAGGACCCUCCACCUGUGUUUCUGGAUAUGUUUGCACGUACUCGAAUGAUUAUUAUAGUCAAUGUAUACCGGGAACCGCGACCCAGGUUACGUCCACGACAAGCAACAAAGCGGCAACAUCAACAGGAAGUUCCGCAGCUGGCACGACUGUCACUCACGUAGCAACGACGACAACGUCUUCCACACCAACAAGCAGUACAUCUACGCUGACGGGUAUAGCAGCCACAGCUCCAACAACUCCCCCCUCGAAGGCUGUCGGGCAGCUACCCGCGCUUGGAUGGAACGGAUGGAAUGCCUACGGCUGCGCGAUCACGGCGGAUAAGGUUCUUGCAGCGGCACAGUCUUUUAUCGAUCUCGGGUUAGCCGACGUCGGUUACGAAUAUCUCAACAUCGACGAUUGCUGGAUGCUCAUGGCUCGUGAUUCCACCACUAAGCAGCAAGUCCCGGACCCGAGCAAAUUUCCUGACGGUAUGGCUGCGCUCGCAGACAAAGUACACGACAUGGGCUUCAAGAUUGGCAUAUACAGUGAUGCCGGGACGGCAACGUGCGCGGGAUUCCCAGGAGGACUCGGUUAUGAAUCCAUCGACGCGGCUGCAUACGAUUCGUGGGAUCUAAAAUAUGACAAUUGCAAUGUACCAUCGAACUGGUCGGAUACCUAUCCCAUUCCCAACAACGAUUACUACAACUCGAACACGGCGAUUCGUUAUCGUCAGAUGGGCGCAGCUAUUGCGGGCAAUAAGACACCUGUUCAAUUCUCCCUAUGCAUUUGGGGAGUGGAUAGUCCGUACCUUUGGGGGGCAAAAGUUGGCCACUCAUGGCGAAUGUCGGGUGAUUCAAGCGCUUCGUGGUCAUACAUCACGCAGAUCAUGGCAUCCAACGCUCAGUACUUGAGCUACGUCACAUUUGGUGCUCACAAUGACAUGGAUAUGAUGGAGAUUGGCAAUGGCGAUCUCACAAUUGAAGAGCAACGGACACACUUCGCAGCCUGGGCUUUCAUGAAGUCGCCCAUCCUGCUCGGAACGGAUCUUUCCGCUCUGUCUUCGGACCAAGUGGCAAUCAUCACGAACGCAGCGCUCAUAGACUUCCAUCAAGACUCCAAGGUUGGCGAGCCAGCCAUGCCUUUCACCUCUUCGACCGUCGCUCCGACGUCUCCUCCAUCUUUCUACGCCGGGAAGUCUUCGAAGGGAACGCACUUCUUCGUCGUGAACCUGAACAGCGCAACUACAUCGUACACAGUCGACUUUGCGGAUGUUACUGGCCUCGGAGCUGGCACUUACACGCUGGAGGACAUGUGGACGGGCAAGAGCUUGGGCAGUUUCACUAACAGCUACACCGUUUCUAUUGCGGCCCACGAUACUGCCGCUAUCCUGGUAACGGGUUGA